AUGUUUUCGCCGGCUGUCGAAAGAGCCUUUUACGUGGAACCGGGUCCCCGCCCGAACAACGAUGACAUACAAUUCAAAUUCUUACCGGAUUCUCCCGGCAUUAAAUUGCCGUGCGGUCAGCAAUCUACGCAUGUACCACCACGAAAGAUCCUCCCACUCAAGACUCUGCCGAGGGACCCACUGGCGAAACUGCGGCUCGAGGCACGCCACUUCUCCAUGGGUUUCAAACAACAUGUUGCCACCCAAAGCAACGUGACAGAGAAUGACCAGGCGCAAAUGCAUCAUGUAGCACUGAUGCAGUUAUGCGAAGCCUACACAAAGAACAUGGGUGAAGCCUAUCUUUACGCAAUGGCACGCGAGUCUGUCGACGCGCCGGCGUCUUCCUCAGACGAGGAAGCCGAGUGGACUAGUGGGGAGAAUCAGAAAAUCGUAGACGACCCGACUGAACGCCUGUGGAACUGGGACAGUUCCCUGCCGAAUAGCCGUCGAUUACGGGAUACCAAGGAGACCGAACCCGUAGUCAUCUCCAAACCGCCUCUUCUGUCAUCGACCUCAGCGGGGUCUCUCGGGCCCGACGAGAAUGAUGCCAAGUCCGACCUCUCUGCCCUUUUGAUGAUUGAAUCCGACGGGACCACAGAGUGCGAUUAUGAUGAACAGGAUUUCAUAGAGGGACAUCGGUGGCACCCAUUUUUGGAUCCCUUGGUUGUGGCGGGUUUCCGACACCGAUCCAAACCGAGAGAUAGAUAUCAGAAACGAAAACGGGAAAA